AUGCAAUUGGCAACACUGCACACAAUUCACGAGUUGCGCGCUAAUAUCAAAUUUGAUAAUGCGAUCGAUUACUUGAAGAGGCGAGAAAAUCUAGAUUCAGAGGUAGCUCGAUCAGCGGCCUCGCUCUUAGUGAAAGCUUUUUGUGUGUCCCUAAUGCAGUCCACGCAGGCGUUCGAUAACAUGCAGCUUGUUUUGGAGCCGCUGAACCAGAAAGUCACGGCGAAAAUCCGGAGCCUAUACGACUGCCAACUGCGGCUUAUGCACAAUAUACAGCCGCUUCCUUCCGGGACCGACAUCGCCAACACUGUUAAAUACUUUUCACAAACAUUACUCAGUGUCCUAAAAGAUGUUCCCAGAUCACCCUUAGAAAUGAUCCGCGAUGCUGAUAACGAUUCGGAGAGGAUGAGCCUGUAUCCCAACUUGGAUUAUAAGGGACUGUUCAACGCUAUAUCUCAGCUCGUUGAUUCCGCUCCACAUUUGCAAUAUGGAAUACAGGCAUUCGGGCAAGCAGUACUGCAGUGCUUAGGCUGCCUGUUACCAUUUCUGGAGUACGACAUGAUCGACAACUUGCCAUAUUUAGUGGCAUACUGUGUGGCGGUGUUCCCGGCCAACCUGCACCAGGAGAUAUUGCACCUUCUCUGUUACUAUAUACUGCCUUUUACUAUCACUCGUCGAUAUUCUGGACUUGAGGAAGAGAGCGAAGCGUCUCAAUCUGUGGGAGCCAUUAUUAUGAUGGUAUUCCAGCAUUCCAACAAUCCAGCUCAUCAUUGCCAACUGCUUGAAUGCUUAAUGUCUAUGAAGCAGUGGGUUGUGAAAGACGUUCUGUGCGUCAUCGCGUAUGGAACGUGCGGCGCAAGAGUUUCAGCGGCCAAGUUACUGUUCUAUUAUUGGCCGCCUUUUGAUGCUAAACUCUUCGAUCGGAAAGGGCUCUUGUGCAAAUUUUCAAAUGACUUGGUACCGUUUUUUUGUCAACGGGACAUGUGUCCGAACGCGGGCUCGGCUGAGGCAGCCAAGGUGUGCUACGACCACUGCAUCAGUGUGACGUUCGCGUCCGACACUCCGCCGCCGCUGUAUCUCUGCAUCGAGUGUGCUAAUGAGAUCCACAGGGAACAUCCAAAUCAACGUUUCUUCGACAUCUUGCAUCCUCAACAGCAGGUGUCGAUGGUUUGCGAGAAUAAGAACUGCCGUUCGACAGAUAAAGCUGCGUACUCUAUUUGUUUUUCUAACGAAUGUGCGAGUUAUAAUGGCAAUCAUCCUAUCAGAUACUGCCAGCAGUGCCACGGCAACCGCCACAACAGCCGGCGCGGCGGCGACCACGUGGUGCACACGCGCCUGCCGCCCGCCUGGCAGAUGGACAGCGACAUGCAGACCAACCUCGUCGAGGCUAUCAUCAGCUUACUAAAAGAAGCUAAACCAAUUAACAUGGAGGAUCCGGACAGUUCUGCGGAGCAGAUGAAGUCACCGCUAAGCGUCAGCCUGCCAGACCCCAUCAGCGUGGAGGACAGACAGUUACUUGGACGUUAUGGAGUAUGGUUAAUGGUCGGACUCUGUACACCGAACCCCGACACCCCGGAUGAAGUGUUGGGACGAUUAUUAUCCGUUCUCUUCCACUGGUUUCACGUCACGUCCUUCUCAUAUACUGGCGAAACAGCAGACACAGUGGAGAAGCUGAAGUCGUCAGCGGUGUGUCCGUGGCUGCGCGGGCUGCCGGCGCGCGUGCUGCUGAGCUGCCUGCUGCCGCACCCGCCGCAGCACACGCGCCAGGCCGGCCACUGGGACACGCUGGCCUCCAAGGCGCACCACCUGAGGGACGGGCUCAACAGAUUAUACUGCUUAAUCCCAUACGGUAUCAUCACUCAGUCUAUCUGGGACACCAUCAUGCCGGCGUGGAUGGAGGCCAUCUGCACCGAUGUUCCUGAAAAGGAGUUGUUAGAGCUGAAGGUGCCAGUGGCGAAGAUCUUGGAGCCGGACGGCAGCAUGGUGGGCGUGGACGAGAGGAACCUGUACAACUUCGCCACUCUCAAAGUGACGGACAAGCCUCGUCCUGACACAGUGUUGCCUGUGCUCGAGUGGUUUCAGACUAUAUCGUUGCUGGAAGUAAAGAUCCCGCUGUCCACGUUGUUCGACCUGUUCAGUUUCUGUGUCAUCAAUAUGCCUGAAAAAAUAUGUAAACCACCCUCUGAUGAAACAAAGCCAAAGAACGCUGAAACAAAAGAAUCUCCCCCCAACAAUGAGAAGGAGAAGGAAAAGGAGAAAGAGAAAGAGAAGGACGAUGAGAUGAAGCCGCAGAACCUCACGUGCUGCAUACUCAUGUUAGAUAUACUUUUGAAGCAGAUGGAGCUGCAACAACACCGUAUCAACAUCCAAAACGUCAGCAGUGAAGCCACCAGACUGCUUCGUCUCAUGUUGAAGUCUAAUCAAAUGAAUACCAUCGAACAUGCGCAGUGCCUGGCGGCGGGCGCGUGCGCGUACUGCGAGGCGGCCGCGCUGUGCCAGCAGCUGGCCGUGCGCCUCGUGCGCGCGCUCGUGCCCACGCGCGAGCCGUCGGUGGAGGAGUGGUCGGAGCCGGCGCCGCGCAAGCCGGCGGAGGACGAGCGCAGCAAGUCGGGCGGCACGCCGGCCGCCGAGCUGCUGCCGGCCGCGCACGAGCGCGCCAGCGUCGGCGGCGUGCUCGUGCACAUGCCGCAUUUUGUUCAUUUCAUGCAACUGUCACUAAUAAGCGACGUGGGGUCGGACGCCACCCUCACUAAGUCGUCGGGCGAUACGCAAAUAAUGACGGCGACGGUGGAGACGAUCACCGAGCAGCUGGACAUGGCGGUGUCGCUGCCGCCGGCCGAGCAGCCGCCCGUGGCCACCGCGCACUCUGUCACGCUCACCGACACCGACGUGGCUACGGCUACGGCUAAUGUAUCUACACCAAAUCUUCUAGGGGAUCAUGAAGGAGAGUGUAUAGAAGAAGACAUUGCUAACUUUUGGCCCACAUCUGCUGGAAAAUUUCAUUUUUGUAUCGAGGAACUGCCUCAAGAGUUACAAUACAUACAUCAAUUAUUACAGGAAUUGAAGAAUACGAAACGUCCAGACGUUCUUUAUAAUCUUCUACAAUGUCUCCAAGUCCUGGUGCUGAACACUGACGCGCUGGCCGAACAUAAAGGCUUCUUGAUAUGGUGUCAGGAGAAUUUACUUAUUGAAAACCUGUGGAGCGUGUGCGACGCGGCGCAGUCGCACAUCAGCUCGGUGGCGGCGCCCGUGCUGCUGCACUGCGUCACGCUGGCGGGCGGCGCCGACGUGUUCUGCGCGCUCGUGCGCGACGCCUUCCAUCACGCUCACCCCGCUGUCCGCUUCACGGCCGUCGAGCGCGUCACCGUGCUCAUCAGAUUCAUGGACGGGUCGCCGAUCAAGUCGAGCCUGGCGCUGCAGACGGCGCUGGCCACGGCCUUCUGCUACCUCAUCUCCAGCAUGGACGACAUCAGCGUGUACGUGGCGCAGCGCGCCACGCUGUACAUCGGCACUAUACACGAUAACGCCAUUCAGCUCCUCCUCUACUGCCUGGAGACGCAGUUCGACCUGGUGAUCGUGGACCGGCCCAUGAUCCUGCAGUCGGUGUACCAGCUGCACAACACGCUCAGCGACCGCAAGAUCCUCACCUGGGACUUCUUUCUCAACCGAUUUGAAGCGCUGUUCUUGGAGGCCCAGAUCAGCGCUGAUAAAACUGUGGAUUAUACUAAUUUGAGAGAGCUAGUGCUGAACUGCGGCAGCACGGAGCGCGCGGCGCGCACGGCGGCGCUGGCGCGGCGCGCGCACAGCGCGCUGGCCGGGCUGGGCGGCGCGGGCGCGGGCGCGGGGGCGGGCGCGGGGGCGGGCGGCGCGCCGCGCUCGCUGGCCGCCUCCUUCGGCGCCAAGUGGCCCUAUAAGCGCACCGUGUCCGCGCCCGCCGCCGUGCCGCCGCAGCACCAGCCGGCGGCGAGCAGCACGGUGGAGCGCGAGAAGGUGUACCCGCGGCAGUACUCGGCGCCGCUGCUCAAGCGCAAGACCUCGCGCUUCGGCCUCGGCCUGGGCCUGCAGCCCGCCGCGCCGCGCACCAACAACGCGCACGAUGGUAUCCAUUCUCUGUCCGGACGAUCGACCGACGACACGUUGACGACUGUUCUGCCCAAAGCAGUGGACGUGGAGGAGUCUGAUAAAGAAACAACCAAUUUGCUAGUAUUUCUGUUGAUGCAGUUCCUUUCUAGAGCGGACCAAGCGCAUCCAACAGAGGAUAAAGCGACGUUAAAAACACAAGAAUUGGUGUUGCGGCAUCUAUUUCUGCUGCUGGGAUAUAACUCUGUGGAGAAAUAUUUCACCAUAUCACCUCAUACGUUACGGUUAUCAUCAAUCUUCAACGCGUUCAUGGCGAAUUUGCCACAAGUGCUGGAUCAGAACCACGUGAUGGGGGCCACCAUGGUGGAGCCCACGCUCAUGCUGUUGCAGCACUGCAUCCGGCCGGCGCAGAGCGGGCACGGCGGACACGGCGGGGACGACGCCGUGCACUCGCUGGGCGCGCUGGCGCCGCACGUGCGCCGCCACUGGCUCAUGGCGCUGCUGGUGGUGCUGUACAAGUACCAGCAGCCGGGCGCCGCCGCGCCGCUGGUGCGCGCCGUGCUCGCCUCCGUGCAGGCGCAGCACCACCACUGCAAGCGCAUCCCGCCCGUGCUGCUGCUGCACCACCACACCCACCACCACCAGCAGCCGCACCACCAGCACACGCACCACCACCAGCAGCAGCCGCACACCCAGCAGCGGACGCGUGACACCCGCGAGGCGCCGCCGGCGGCGGAGGAGCCGUGCGCGAAGUCGCCGGCGCACUGGCCGGACCCGCCCGAGCCCGCCAAAUAUCAGCAGUGGAGCUUGGAGCAGGAGUCGUCGGAGAGCGAGCUGAUCGCCAUCCCGGAGACCAGCGACAAGUCCGACACCACAGUGCACGGCAGCACCGCCCCUGGUUCUUUCGACGAGCCUUCCCACUACGAGGAGAUGCCGCACGCCAUCUUCCCUUCGCAGAGCGGCGUGUCACCCUACCAACACCUCAGCAAAAUUCAAACGACAGUGGGGUCUCGCUCUGGACAGCAGCUCUCCACCAGCUCCUCCGUGUCCAUCGGCAGCGACUCAUCCAACUUAAAAUCAACCCCUAUGAGCGGGCAGUCGGUGGAGAUCUGGCCCGACCAGCUGCACCAGCAGAACUCCCCCCGCACUAAGAUACUCGGCAAGCAGAAACGGAUUGUGGCGGGCAGCAGCACGCCGCCCGACACGGCGGCGUCGUCGAACGGCGACGCGCUGCACGCCGCGCUGCUGCGCAGCCCCGGCGUGGCGUACGCGUCGCCCGAGUCGCCGCUGUCCAAGAUGGAGGUGGCGUGGAGCGCGCCGCCGCCCGCCGCCGCCCCCGCGCCGCCCGCGCCCGCCUUCCACAUACACCCGCCCGCCCCGGAGAGACUUCUUCCCAUUGGACCAAAGCCAAAUAAAGAGCAGUACCCGGUGUUCAACGCGUUAGUUGACAGGGUCAGGGAGGCCUUAAAUAUUCCUGACAUGUUUUCAGACGACUCUACAGAGCGCACGGACUCCAGCGAGCACGAACCCGUGCGCCCGCGCCGCCUCGCGCCGCCCGCCGCGCCGCCCUCCGCCCCGCCCUCCGCACCGCCCGCCCACGCCGCCUACGCCGCGCCGCCCGCCCAGCUCCCCACUCAGCACGCCGCCCAGCCCGCCGACGAGAAGGAGCGGUCGCCGCGCCGCCUCGCGCGCCAGAUGGCGCAGCUGGGCUCGCCGCCGCCCGCGCCCGCCAGACCUCUGUCCACUGAGAGCGGGCAGGCGUGGUGGGGCGGCGCGAGGCGCGCGGCGCGGCGCGCGGCGCACGCGCAGGCCGCGCCGCGCCGCCCCGACGCCACGCUGCGCUACCGCUGCGGGGAGUGCGGCGGCGCGGAGGAGCAGUACAGCGACGAGGAGCUGGGGCUGUGCGUGAUCGUGCUGGCCACGUUCGUGCGCCGCGAGCCCGCCGCCGCCGCCGCGCUGCUGCCCGCGCUGCUGCACAGCGUCACCAGGGUGGUGCAGCUGGGCAGCUACGCGUGGCAGGCGGAGAGCAGCACGCGGCUGCCGGGCAGCGCCGUGCAGGUGGCGCACCAGUUCCUGCGCUGCGUGCUGCACCAGCUGGCGCCGCACAACGUCUUCCUGCAGCUCUUCCUGCAGCGCACGCCCGAAAAACAACGGCAGAUGUUCUUCAAAAGCGUGGCACAAGCAUUCGUAGAUUUUAACGAGCUGUACCCGUGCGGGCCGCUGCAGCUGCUCAUCGAACACCUCAACUCGAAGAAGACUCUGCCUAUUGAUCAAAUGGGCGUGAUCGCGGGCAACAUGGCGAUGUACCUGGAGUGCCUGGCGCCCGAGGCGCUGGGCCCGCUGAGCGCGUGCAGCGCGCUGCUGGCGGCGCUGGACACGCUGCUGCGCGCGCUGGCGCUGGCGCCCGCGCCCGACGACGCCGCGCCGCUGCUGCGCGCCGCCGCCGCCGCGCUGCGCGUGCCCGGCGCCGCGCACCACCGCGCGCUGCUGGAGCCCGUCAGCAAGCUGCUGGUGCGCGCGCUGCACGCCUGCGUGCUGCCGCUGGCGCUGCUCACCGAGCUCAGCGCCGCCGCCGCGCGCGCCUUCGUGCGCGACCGCGACAAGCUGCUGCUGUGCCGCGUGCUCGUCUACGAGCUGCUGCACGCGCUGCGCACCAAGACCGCCGUGCCCGACGAGAACUUGUUCGUCCUGCUCCAGUUUGUGUUGCAAGGUAUAAGCAUGUGGCGGGCAGGGCACGGCGUGACGCUGCUGCUGCCGCCGGCGCUGCGCACGGGCGCGCUGCUGGCGGCGGGCGGCGCCGAGCGCGAGCUGGGCGCGGCGCCGGGCGACGCGCUGCGCCCGCACCUGCCCGACAUGCUGGACCUGCUGCACGACCCCCACCUCCUCAACAAGAUCAAGGGCUCCGUGUCCAAGUCCAUAGUGAACCGCAACGCGAUCUGCCUGAACGAGGACACGCUGGGCGCCAUCGUGAAGGGCGGCGUGGCGCAGUACGUGGCCGUGGAGCUGGCGCUGGAGGGCCGCGGCAAGGAGCGCGGGCCCGCGCGCCACCCGCUGCCCUGGCUCUCCACCACCCUGCCGGGGUCGCGCGACGCGGCGGAGUGCGCGGGGCGCGUGCGGCAGGUGUCGUGGGUGCUGCUGGGCGCGCUGAGCAACGCGCGGCGCCGCCCGCUGCAGCUGCCCGUGCCGCUCGACGCCGCCUGCCACCUCACCGACCUCAUACAGUGCAUCAUGUCGUCGUACAUCGACCAGAGCCCGGAGGCGGGCGGCAAGGGCGGGGGCGGGGGCGGGGGCGGCGGCGGCGGCGAGGGCGGGCGCAUGGCGGCGCUGUGCGGCGCCUUCCUGCUGUGCCAGCUGUGGACGCUGUACGCGCAGCGCGCCGCGCCCGACCUGCUGCUGCACUUCUGGUGCAAGCUGGUGCCCACCAUCACGCAGCUCACGCACGCCUCCAAGCUGUUGGCUGAAACAGUGAAUCUGCAUUUCUUAAGUCUGCUAGAAUCCCUGUUGGAGUGCAACUCGACGGUGCUCAACAAACUGCUGCCACUCUGGACGCCCAUACUACAUUCACCUCUAUUUAAUAUGCCGCGUCACGUGGCGCAGCGCCUGGACGCGUGCCGCGAGAUGAAGCCCGAGGUGGUGGCGGCGGCUCCCCCCGCGCCCCCCGGCCUCCCCGCGCCGCCCGCGCUGCCCGCGCCGCCCGACGCGCGCGAGCACCGCCGCCUCUACCGCCUGCUCACUAAGAUGGCGCAGCUGGAGAUGCAGCCGCACUCAUUCUACUUCAUA